UCCCUAAUAAUUUUGUAGACCCAAAUCUGGAAAAAGAUUUUUAUUUGAAUUUUUUGAAGUGCGAGUGAGGUUUUUGAUCAUGGCGGUGAUGGAAAAUGCCCGGGAAAACACGAUGAUAUCGUCGAAUCAACCCGACCCGAAUGCUGACGUUGCCGUGGAUCAUCACCAUCUCAAUCAGCAGUCAACAAAGGCCGCCGUUAAUCAAAAGUCAACGAAACUGAACGAUCAGAAUUACAACCUGAUGCAGCGUAAAAUUACUUCGCCGCAAUCCAACGGCCAUCAUAUGCGGCAGCAGAGUAUCAACGGCAAUCGAGUCUCUGAAGUUUACCCUAACAGUGAGGGCGAAGAGAGUGUAAAUGGUGGAGAUGAUGAUGGACAGGAAGGAUUUAAGAGGGAGAUGAGGGAUUUAGAGGAAAUGUUGUCGAAGUUGAACCCAAUGGCGAAGGAAUUUGUGCCACCGUCUCUCACUGUCAAAUCGAAUGGCGGUCGCCACCGCAGGCUGGUGCCACCACCACAUGCUGCUGGUGCGGUGGGUGGGAUCUUUGGGUAUAACACUAACGGAUUUCUGAUGCAGCAGCAUCUUAACUCUGGAGUUCCCAUUGGCCAUUCUAUAAGAAGGAAGAAAUAUGGCUAUAGUCAUGGGGAGCCGAGGAUGAAUGGCCGAACAAGCUUGGCCCAGAGAGAAGAUGUGAUUAGGAGGACAGUGUAUGUAUCUGACAUUGAUCAUCAGGUUACUGAAGAGCAACUUGCUGCAAUUUUCGUUAGUUGUGGACAAGUUGUGGACUGUCGCGUCUGUGGUGACCCUAAUUCUGUGCUUCGUUUUGCCUUCAUUGAAUUCACGGAUGAGGAAGGAGCGCAAAAUGCUUUGAGUUUGGGGGGUAUUAUGCUUGGAUAUUAUCCAUUAAAAGUGCUGCCUUCCAAGACAGCAAUUGCACCUGUUAAUCCAACAUUCUUGCCAAGGUCUGAGGACGAAAGGGAGAUGUGCGCAAGGACUAUUUAUUGUGCAAACAUUGAUAAAAAGGUCACUCAAGCAGACGUCAAACUUUUCUUUGAGUCCAUCUGUGGAGAGGUUAACCGCUUGAG